AUGGGUAAAGAGAUGAAAGGUUAUUUCGUCGGCCCGAUGCCAGUUGGCGAAUUUCUCCAGGAAUUCUUACCAACUUCUCAAAUUCCCGAUUAUGAUCCUUCGUCCUUCACUUCAGCCUUCGCUGCUGGCGUAUUCAACGACACGGUCUCUAUUAACGCCAUCAAACCUUUCGCUCCUCAACUAUCAUUUGUCGACACUCACAAUCACCCAGACACGAAAAACUGUUCGAAAUUAAAGUCAAUGGUAUUCAACAUCAAGCCGGACGUCUGCGUGUAUCCCGAUGGACGUGAACCUUCAUCUCGCAACUGUGAUGUUUCUGCCACAGAAAUCAUCAUUGAAUUCAAAUGGUCAUACUCCCAUGACGCAUUCUGCGACACUGGAGUUGAUAGUGUCAUCUCCCAGAUGGAUAAGGGUAUGGACACCCUGGGACAGAUAACAAAUUAUACUGCAGCUCAGCUUGGCACCCAGUUCCGUACCCACACAUUCUCUGUCCUGAUCAUGCAUGAUCGCGCUCGAAUUAUUAGAUGGGAUAGGGAGGGGGCUAUCGUCACCAGCACCAUCGACUACAAUAACCAGUCAGACUUGGCUGACUUCUUCCAUCACUACGCACGGGCAUCACCUGAAAUGCGUGGUGUCGAUACUUCUGUAAUGCUUGCUGGUGAUGAGGAGGCUGACCUUGCAAGGUCACAACUAAAUAUUCCCAAUACCACUUGUAUGUUCAAAGUCGAUGUCCCUAAUGUCAAGGGCUCUGGCUUGCUCACAUUGGUCUUUCCCCAACCUGUUACGAAAUCUCAUUCGCCUGUUGGCCGCUGGACAUGCACGUGUCCAGCAUUCGACCUUGUCAACAAGAAGCUCAUGAUGUUCAAGGACUCUUGGCGGGUAUCGUUACCCAAUGUCUUACCAGAAGGCGAGACGUACAAAUUAUUGAUGUUGCACAAGGUUUCCCAUAUCCCAAACUGUAUUGCAUAUCAUGAUGUACCCCCCUCUAUUGCUCAGCAAUCUACUCAAACUGCCAAGUUCGGCAGCACUAAAUGGGCAAGGCCCCACUUACCUCUCACUCCACACACUCUUCACCGUCUGGUUCUCGAUAUUGUGGGCAAAAAAUUGACUGACUUUGAGAGUUCUUGUCAAGCUUUUAUGUCGUUCUGUGGACGACUCUUAUGUACAAGGAGACCUACAUGGACGUCGUUCACUGGACAUCACUCAUAA